AUGCAGCUCGCUCGUGAUGCGGCGAUAGGAGUCGACAUUCCUACUCCCGCAAUCUUCACAGCCAUGGCCACUCUCACAACGACGCUCGCCUCGGCCACGGCCACGGCCACGGCCACAUCCUCUCCCUCGGGGCCCUUUCACAUCGACUCUUCGCAGGGCGAAUGUCAGCUGUUGGGCCCCUUUGCCCUGGUCGUCCAGGCGGCGCUCGGCGGCCUGGCCAUGCUGUCGCUGGUCUACAAGCGCUGGAGGGAGCACCCGCGACGGCCCGUCAAGGUCUGGUUCUUUGACGUGUCCAAGCAGGUCUUUGGGUCGGUGCUGGUGCACAUGUCCAACAUCUUCAUGUCGAUGCUCACUAGUGGCCGCUUCUCCAUCAAGGUAGAGCCGACCGUGGUCGAGAGGCUGGUGGGCAGAGGCGACGACGACUACGUGCCCAACCCGUGCUCCUUUUAUCUCUUGAACCUGGCCAUAGAUACUACUGUCGGCAUCCCCAUCCUCAUUGUGCUCUUGCGCGUCUUCAGCGCCCUGGCGAGCUUCACACCGCUCGGCAAGCCUGUCGAGUCCGUCAAGUCGGGCUACUACGGCAACCCCCCCAACGCCUGGUGGUGGCUCAAGCAGUCCUUUAUAUACUUCGCCGGGUUGUUUGGCAUGAAGGUCUGCGUCCUCAUCAUCUUCAUCAUGAUGCCCUGGAUCUCGCAGGUCGGCGACUGGGCGCUUGGAUGGACAGAGGGCAACGAGAAGCUCCAGGUCGCAUUCGUCAUGAUGAUCUUCCCCCUCAUCAUGAACGCUCUCCAGUAUUACAUCAUCGACUCCUUCAUCAAGCAAAAGGUGACAGACCAUGAGAGGCUACCGUCCGAGGACCAUGACGACGACGACGACGACGACUACCAAGGAAGGCGAUCAAGCGCCGAUGGUACCAACUCAGACGACCGGAGUGAGAGCCGUGUCAAGAUCGGUGGACGGUCGCGCAACAACCUCGGCGAAGAAUACGACCCCGAAGUAGACGGAGACGCCCCGACGAUUAUCGGCAGCAGCUCGAACCAGUCUGUCUCCAAGCCGCCCAGCGGCGUCUCAGUCGAGCUGUUCCCCAAAGAGUAA